CUUUCAAUAAAGCUCUGUUCGGGAAGCUUUGCUCGAAGAAGCCUCGCUCUUCCGGGAAAAUGGCGACUCCCGCCCGCACGCCGGAGUCGCCGUCGGCCGCGGAUCCUGCGCCCGCUGUGGGGCCCGCCGGGGAGGCAGCCUGCCCGCCGCGCCAGCCGCAGCCGGCACACAAUGUGCUCGCUGCCCCGCGGCUUCGAGCCCCCAGCUCCCGAGGACUUGGCGCGGCGGAGUUCGACCGAGCUGCGGGAGAGGUUGAGGCGCCAGGAGAGACUUUUGCGCAACGAAAAAUUCAUUUGCAAAUUGCCCGACAAAGGUAAAAAGAUCUCCGAUACUGUUGCCAAACUGCAAGCUGCCAUUGCAGAACGUGAAGAGGUCAGCGGACAAUGUGAACUGUUUCAUCCUGUUAGUGUAGACUGUAAGCCAAGGCAAAGAGCAAUCACAAGAAUCGAUGUGGACUUAGAUGAGGCCCAGAAUUCUGACCUGAUACUUGAUACUCCAUCACUAGUUCCUGACUAUUCCUCUGUAGGCAUCAAAUCAUCCAAAAUAACCUUAGAAACAGAGGGAUGCAUACAUCCCAUUCACACAGGCAGUGAAGAGACUUCGGAGGCUGACCACACAGUGAACACAAGCCCAGCUCCCACCAUGAUACCCUCCUCGUCUGAAGUGAAUGAACAUCUUCCCCAACGUUGGGUUUCAAGUGAAGUAGGAAAUAUUUCCAGCAGCAUUGACAGCGCCUUUAUUGAUCAGUUACAGAAGAUCUCAAUUACAGAGCACAGUGAACACUCAGAGGGAAAUACAAGUGCAGAGACCCCAACAGGCCUCCGUAGUGAGACCCUUAGGAAACCUCAUUACUUAGAAGUGCUUGAAAUGCGAGCCAAAAACCCAGUGCCCCCUCUUCACAAGUUCAAGACAAAUGUGUUACCCACACAACAGAAUGACUCACCCCCUCACUGUCAGAAGGGAACAUCUCCUGUUUGCUCAGAAGAGCGGCGGCGCAGGGAUAAGCAGCAUCUAGACGACAUCACGGCAGCACGGCUCCUUCCGCUUCACCACCUGCCCGCACAGCUGCUCUCCAUAGAGGAGUCACUGGCACUGCAGAAACAGCAGAAGCAGAAUUACGAGGAGAUGCAAGCAAAGCUCGCAGCACAGAAACUAGCUGAAAGACUGAAUAUUAAGAUGCAGAGCUAUAAUCCAGAAGGGGAGUCUUCAGGGCAGUACCGAGAGGUGAGGGACGAAGAUGAUGACCAGUCCUCUGAGGAGUUCUGAAGAUGGCACGGGAGGUCGUGAAGAUGUCAUUAUCUCAUAUCAAACUUUCCUACAAGUAUCACAAUCAGGGUCAGACCUUGACGAUGGAAAAAAGUGUAUGUUAUACAAAGGUAGCUACAAAACAAAAACAAAACAAGCCCAGUUGGUCUUUCAGGUGAUUUUUAUGUGCUUGGAAAAUUCAAUAUUUGAACAUUGCGUAUGUUGUAUUAAAGUUUUCCAGUAUGUUGUGUGUUGGUCUGAUAUUUUAGUGUGGAGCAGAGCCCAGUUUGCUUUUCUUUAAGGUAACUUGGCUCUUUUCCUUAUUCUAACCUCUCUCAAAGAGCAUUGAUUGCGUACCUCUUGGUGUAACACUUAGUUGUCCCAGGUACAAAAAGUGACUUAGGAAGACUCGGUUCCCCUUUCGAGCAGUGAAGAGAGUAGUACCCCAGAGAAUGGCACACCUGUUUGCGUGGUGUUGCUGAGGCGGACGGUACCUGGGGGGACACUCGUAGAACGUCGUCAACAAAUGUUUGUUGCUGCUCCUGUCUUCUCUUGGGAAGACUGCUGUCUUUCUCUGACUAGGAAUAUGGAGCACUUGGGAAGGUAGGUGCUGGGUGUGGAGGGCUUCUGGGAGCAACAUCUGGGCUGGCUGAACAGGGCGAAGAGGCCCUGCUCCUGGCUUUAACUGACUUGAGGUCACUGCUGUCUUCAAUGAUAGGUCCAUGUACAGGGCGCUUCGUUUGGUAAAGAAACCAGUGUUUUUCUAAGAGUUACAGCUGAAUUGUUAGUACAUUGCUUUUUUCUUUUUUAAACCUAAAGGGGUGUUUAUAGACUGCAAAAACCUCAGUCUCAUGUGUACACAUUUGUGUCAUUUUAAACGAUCAUAUGGUUGUCUUCAGAGAAGUUAACACUUAUGUUAUCGGAAACUCUUUGUCUACUAUGUGGAAACUUAAGUAUUAAAAGGAGAAAUAAAAUAUCAAUUAGAACAACUUCAAA